UAAAACUAUCAUUUUAAUUUUUAAUCAGGUGCUGACUUGAUUUCCCAAUUUUAAACCUACAAUGGAAUUAAAUUAGUCAAAACUAAUCAGUUUCGAGUACCGAGAGCCGAGUUGCAGCACUUCAGGAGUCAUGCCAGUUUCAACCGAAUGAACUCGGAAUCUCUGCAAGGCAACCAUUUUCGUGUUCUUCACCUUCGGAACCAUUGAACUAUCAGUCUAUAUAUUGCUAUAUUCUCUGCAAGUCCUCGAGUCGCUGUCGAGCAAUGUCUUCCUCCUCAUCUUCUCCAUCCACAAGCGACGAGGAAAUUCUUCGGCGCAGUCGAAUUCUCAAGAGCAAGCUAUACCUUGACAUUCCUCUCCCAAAGGUUCCAGUUGUUUACUCGGCGUCGUACGAUAUAGCGUUUCUUGGCAUGGAGAAGCUGCACCCAUUUGAUUCAUCUAAAUGGGGUCGCAUAUGUCAAUUCCUCAUCUCUGAAGGUGCUCUGGACAAAAAGUGUAUCGUUGAGCCUCUGGAAGCUUCAAAGGAUGACCUCCUUGUGGUUCAUUCAGAGUCGUACUUGAAUAGUCUAAAGAGCAGUGCAAAUGUUGCCAGGAUAAUUGAGGUCCCUCCUGUUGCACUACUUCCCAACUGUCUUGUACAGCGGAAAGUUCUUUGCCCAUUUCGCAAUCAGGUGGGAGGGACAAUUUUGGCAGCAAAGCUUGCAAAAGAGCGAGGAUGGGCCAUCAAUGUUGGAGGAGGGUUUCAUCAUUGUUCUGGGGAAAAAGGAGGUGGAUUUUGCACUUAUGCAGAUAUUUCUCUUUGUGUGCACUAUGCCUUUGUACGGUUAAAUAUAUCGAGGGUGAUGAUAAUUGAUCUUGAUGCACAUCAAGGAAAUGGCCAUGAAUUGGAUUUUGCCGGAGACAGACGAGUCUAUAUACUGGAUAUGUACAACCCUGGAAUAUAUCCAUUUGAUUAUGAGGCAAGGAGACACAUUGAUCAGAAGGUUGAAGUAAUGAGUGGGACCACGACAAAUGAGUACUUGAAGAAAUUAGAUGAAGCACUUGAGGUUGCUGGGAGAAUGUAUGAUCCUGAGUUGGUGGUUUACAACGCUGGAACUGAUAUUCUAGAUGGAGAUCCACUAGGCAGGUUGAAGAUCAGUCCUGAUGGGAUUGCCAAUAGAGACGAGAGAGUUUUUAGGUUUGCUCGUGAGAGGAACAUACCUAUUGUCAUGCUCACAUCAGGUGGAUACAUGAAGUCAAGUGCCAGAAUCAUAGCAGAUUCCGUAAUAAACUUGUCACAGAAAUGCCUGAUAGAUAUGGGUAAGAAUGCCGCAUGAAGGACGUUGAAUUACCUGCAAAGAAUCCAUGGUAUGGGUUUCUGGAAGUAUGCAUCUGAAACGAGUUUGUGUAGCUGAUCUCUAUACUUACGGUUGUCAAAUUUAAAACGAGAAAGGGAUGUUAUUGAUAGGAGUUAUGUUGUUUAGUAGAUUGUUAUACGACUGUCUUACAAUUUGAUGAUGGGGCAAUGAAAAUCAGUUAUUAAA